UCGCCACCGUAACGUUCUACAGUAUCGAAAGACAUUUGCACGCGCGCACGUCCAAUGUGUGAUAAACAGUAACUUUAUAUAGUUCUCCGAUUUUGAUGUUAUUACACAUAAUUAGUGAUAAACAUAAUUAGUUCUACAUUUAACAACGAAUAAAGAAAUUUUCUUCUAUAACAAAGACAAAAAUAUUCUGUUCGCGAUGUUAAUCGGGGCAACAAUCGGGACUUUUAUUGUAGCUCUCACCUUAGUGUAUAUUUAUUAUAAGUAUGUGCUGUUCAAUUUCUGGCGUAAAAGGGGUAUAUUUUAUGUCGAGCCCGUUAUACCAACUGGUAAUGUGACCGAUCUUGUAAUUGGAAAAAUGACAAUAGGCGAACUGUUUCAAAAUGCCUAUAUGAAAUACAAGGAUCGUCGUAUCUUCGGAAUGUACAUAUUUUUCAAGCCAAACCUGGUGAUAGCCGAUCUCGAUCUCAUUCGAAUAGUGCUGACGAAAAAAUUCGGGAGUUUUCACGAUCGUGGGAUGUUUUGCAACGAGAAAACCGAUCCGCUGUCCGGCCAUUUAUUUCUGUUGCCCGGGAAGAAAUGGCGCAAUUUACGCGUCAAAUUGACGCCCACUUUCACUUCAGGAAAAAUCAAACAAAUGUUCGUGGUUCUGAAGGAAUGCGGUGAAGAGUUCGUGAAGAGUUUGGAGAGUAAAGUUCACACGGAAAAUGUCAUCGAGAUCAAAGAUAUGUUAGCGAGAUAUUCGACAGACAUAAUUAUGUCAACGGCAUUUGGAAUAAAAUCCAACUGCCUGGUGGAGCCUAACAAUGAGUUUCGACGAUGGGGGAAAAAAAUCUUCGAAGUGAAGGCCUUUUGGAACGCCUUGAUGGUGUUCGUGCCACAAAUUAUGGAUUUAUUCUCCCUUCCCAGUACGGAUCGUGGUGUCAGCAAGUUCUUCACGAAAUUAUUUCAAGAUAACGUGGAGUAUAGGCAAACUCAUAACAUCGUCAGGCACGAUUUCAUGAAUCUGCUCAUACAACUUAUGGAGAAAGGCUACGUUGAACCGGAUGACGAUAAAGAUAUCGCCGAUCAAUCCUCGGCUAAUAUGAAUAAACUUACCAUGCUGGAGGCGGCGGCGCAAGCCUUUGUCUUUUUCUUAGCCGGAUUCGAGACAUCGUCGACAACUGCGACAUACAGUUUGUACGAGUUAGCUCUGAAUCAAAAUAUACAGGAUAAAGUUCGCCGUGAGAUUGACGAGACCUUGAAAAAGCAUGGAGAAUUGACCUACGAGGCUGUGAAUGAAAUGACAUAUCUUCACAAAGUGGUUCAAGAGACCCUGCGAAAAUAUCCGCCCGUGCCCAUCUUAAAUCGUAUUUGCACUAAGGAGAUACUCCUCCCGACGACAAACAUUCAAAUACCGGAGGGAACUCAAAUUACUAUACCGGUGCUCGGGGUGCAGCGGGAUCCGUCGAUCUAUCCGGACCCGGAGAAAUUUGAUCCUGAACGCUUCAACGUGGAUCAAGUGGCGACGAGGCAUCCUUACGCAUAUUUGCCGUUCGGGGAAGGGCCACGAGUCUGUAUCGGUACACGCUUCGGUUAUGUGCAAACCAAAGUCGGAAUUAUAAGUCUCUUGUCGAAAUUCAAGUUCAAGCUGCACUCUCAAACCCCGGUGCCGCUUGUUUUCAACGAAUCGGCAAUUGUGCUCACGCCAAAGAGCGGAGUUCAUCUUAUCAUCGAAUCGCGAUAA